CGCGCUUCUGCUUGCUAUGCUGCGUCACUUCCGGCGCGUGCGUCCGGCGUCCGUCCGCCGCGGGAUGGCGGCUCUGAGGAGUUGGAUGACUCGGAGCGUAACCUUUCUGUUCAGGUACGGACAGCGUUUUCCUGUCUCGGCUAACUCUAAGAAACGCUGUUUCUCAGAAUUGAUAAGACCAUGGCACAAAACUAUGUUGACUGGAUUCGGUGUGACAUUGUGCGCCGUUCCUAUUGCUCAGAAAUCGGAGCCUCAGUCUCUCAGCAACGAAGCACUGAUGAGGAGGGCUGUGUCUUUGGUAACGGACAGCACCUCUACCUUUCUGUCUCAAACCACGUACGCACUGAUCGAAGCCAUCACCGAGUAUACUAAGGCCGUCUACACGUUAGUGUCUCUGUACCGACAGUAUACAAGCUUGCUGGGGAAGAUGAAUUCCCAGGAGGAGGAUGAGGUGUGGCAGGUGAUCAUAGGAGCCAGAGUUGAGAUGACUUCAAAGCAGCAGGAGUACUUGAAGCUGGAGACCACGUGGAUGACAGCAGUCAGCCUUUCAGAGAUGGCUGCGGAGGCUGCCUAUCAAACUGGAGCAGAUCAGGCCUCUAUAACCGCCAGGAAUCACAUCCAGUUGGUGAAGUCGCAGGUGCAGGAGGUGCGCCAGCUCUCCCAGAAGGCGGAAACCAAGCUGGCGGAGGUGCAGACACAAGAGCUGCGCCAGAAGACACAGGAAGCGAGCGACGAGGCGGCGGACCAGGAAGAGGAGGCCUACCUGCGAGAAGAUUGAGGGCUCAGCCCAGCGCCCGUCCAUCCACUCUGUGGGGAGGGGAAAGAGGUGCAUGACAUCCACCCAGUGACGUCCCAACUGCAGAAGCUGACAGGUUCUGCCAUUGACAGUCAGACCAGAGCCUUUGCGAGCUGUGCCUGGCCCCUUCUCUCUGCUCGCAGCCUCUCUGGCCUGGCUCUGCACUGUCCCUCACGCAGCUUCUCUCUUGAUCUUUUACCUCACUCCCAAAGCACUUCACCAACCGGGGCCAAUGGAGGAGGGGCCUUUUCUGCCACACCCUAAGUUCAAUAGCUGUUUAACUCCAGUUUUUACUGUUACUCAGAUGUUCAAGGAUGAAUUACUGCUUGCUCCUCCACAGGGAAGGGGGCAGCUUGUCUGGUUUGUAACAUUUCUUUGUGUUUAUAAUGUCCUUUCUCCCUGUGAGCACAGCUCAGCUAAGGCGUUACUCAGUGUGAACAGUUCCCCUGGUGCUCCCCACAGUACCUUCUCUCCAACACGUGCUUCUUGUUCGUUCCUUCUUUGAAUUUCUCUGCUGUAUCCAAAGGAAGAGAAGUUUGGUGUUUGCAUUAAAAAAAAAAAAAAGUCUUC